AGAGUACAAUUCGAAAAGACAUGCGCAACCCUUUCUUUCCGGUAUUAUUGCCAUUGCUUGUAAGAGUGGUGAGUUUCACUCCGAAAUUAAAUAAAGUUUUUUAAUGUUGUUAUUGUCUUUAGAGUAAUUAUUUUACGUAAAAAUAAUUGGCUCAGUGUUUGAUAUGUAAUUAUUUGAUCCUAAAUUUUGUAAAAAUAUGGUAUAUUUUAGUUUAUCCAAGUCUGAAACGAUAGCUGUUUUUGGGAAUAAAAAGGCAUGGCCGCCGCCAUUUGUUUGGUACUGGACUAAUCGCGAAGGCAUGGUUCUUACCAGCUUAUUUUUACAUAUUUGGCCCGAACCUUCAUUUUCUACCAAACUCUUCUGCCAUUUUGUUGCAUACGAUUUACUAAGUCAGGUGUACACUGAAUGUAGGCAAACCUUUUCUUGAACUUAGAAUUAAAAUAAUUUUUAUUUAAAUUUUACACUAGUUCAGCUGCACUUCUUAGAAAGAAGUAUCACAACUUACAUUUACCGGUACUUACAUUCGGCUCCAAUAUUCUUUAUGUCUAACAGAAAAUAAAAUAACCUGGGCCUAUAUCUUAAAAUAGUAAUUUUUCAUUUUUUCUGAAAUAAGAGUUAUGAAACUAUCCCUUGCCAAAAGCCCGCCCCUCCCUCCUGAUAAUAGGCACUUGAAUACAAAAUUUUAAAAAAUUGAAAUUUUUUUAAUAACACAGCAAAUUUCAAAUAAAAAAAUGAGACCAGAAUCAACUUUUUAGCUUAAGUACUUUUUGAGCUAUGAAUUUUUAAAGUGAGUUCGUCUGGUAUUUUUUACUAUGGACGAAACCUCCACAUCUUGUGACCGCAUUCCGCUGAUCGCGUCAUGUGCAACGACUAUAUACUUAAUGUAAGGCAACGCAUCCAUCGCCUUAUCACUAAAAUACUGUUUAGGGUCGACUUAGUUUAAACUUUCAACUUUGGCACAUGAAUAAUUAAUUAAAGCUUUCCCUGACCAAUGGUAUAGUAGUUUUUGCACACGGCAAACUCUUAUGAAUGAAACUCUGAGGUAGUACUACGAUACAGCCAUUAUGCAAGUGGCUGUGAAUGGUUGCCAAUGACAACAUGUUGCACAGGGUAAAUUCUGAUCAUUUAUAAUAUGGAUUCUAUCGGGUUGUUAAAGCUCAAAUUAAAUCAUUCCAGUUUAAAUGUCUUCAAAAUGCAUUCUAAAACACAAGUUAUCAAAUAUUUUGAUGUAGAUAGUGGUAAUAAAUUAAUAUUUCCUAAGUAUCGGCAACUUCCGCCAUUACAAAGGGAGUGUGGCUCACCCCAUGGUGAAAUUAGAGUGAACUGCAUGACCUGCGAACGAGUAGAAACUUGGCGUCUCUCGUAAGACACUUAAUCGCUGUGAAAAUUGGCAUACAUGUAGAUCAAUACAUUCCCCAGAUGCAAAAAAAAAUUUGGUAGUGACAAAUCUUUUCCUUCGACUUAAUUUUAAUGAUGAAAGUUGCCUUAUAUUUACCAAAAGCUCCGAUAAUUCCGAGGGAUCAGCUCAUUUACUCAGUAAAUGUUUGGUCUUGAACUAUUCAGCAGAUUUAAGAUGCAUUUAUGGAGUUAGCAAAAUACAUUUAAAAUCUAUUUCACAGGUGGCAUCAUGCAAAUUUUUGUGAAGACCCUGACGGGCAAGACCAUUACCCUUGAGGUAAGUUUUUAAAGUUACAGACAAGUAGUUUGGCCUGUUAAAUCAUAAUUUUAAAAUGCAUAAAUACCUAGAAUGCUGUGAUGACCACUUAGGACACCCUUGAAAGCAUAUGAAAUUUCACCUAUUCUGAGCAUUUUCUUGGUUAGCAUUAUUUUCUUAAUGACUUUAUGAAUGCUCUGGAAAAAAUGUGUAUGCACGAUUAGAAUAUUUUAUUUUUUUAAUUCUUUUUUAGGUUGAGCCCAGUGAUACUAUUGAAAAUGUCAAAGCUAAAAUCCAGGACAAAGAAGGUUUGUGACUUAGUUUGAUAUCAGAUUUUAUUAUUCUCUUCCGAAGUCUGAGCUCCUGGUUCCUUGCCAGAGGGUUUUCGUAUGUGAAGAAAUAGUAAUUUUAUUCCUUUUUAUGGACUUUGUUACUACUUUGCCAAAGCUCCUUUAAGGAAUAAGACAUUUCAUUUUACUGGUACUCCCCAUCAUGCAGUGUCACUUUAACUGAUUAGCUACCAGAUUGAAAAACCUGCUGUGGCCGAAAAAAUCAAGGUCACAUUUUCUCAUUCUAGGUGAAUGUGCAGAUUCAGCUGCAGUUUUCUUAAUUUUAAACAUAUUCUAAUGAUUAAUAAAUCAUUUUGUAGGUAAUUGCAUUGUCUAUAAGAUAAACUUAAAACUUUGUCAAGUAAGUUUUAUUGGGAAAUUAUUGUUAAAUUAGUAUUUUUAAAAAAAAAAGACAAAAUAUAUAUAAAUGUGCCAACUUGCGUAUAAAUUUAAUUCCAAAUCAUUUAAAGCCUUAUAUUUCGCGGUUUCCAAAUAGUAUAUCCAAUGUUUAGAAAAAUGAGGCAAAGAACACAGAAAUUGAAUAAUAUUUACACUUUCAAUCACUUUUAUCCCUUUACUAACCCUGUCACUUGUUGCCACGGUGAAACUAGAAGUACAAUUUUGUAACUAGCUUGGAAAUUAAAUCAAAAUUAACGUCUUGUUUUUUAAAACAUUCUGCUGAUACCAUGCGGCUCUAAUAUAAACAUCCUGUCGAGAUUAAAAUCUCGAUGCAAAACGUUAACAGAAUAAUAUAAACAUUUGACUCGAUUUAAUAUGAUACAAACAUUGGCGCUACCAGCGGCUCGUGGCCAUAACAAAAGAAACGCCAAGCCGCUCCCACCGGCUCAUGGUAGUUAACCAGUUAAAUAAAUAAAUCUUAAUAUUAGCAUUUAUACCUUGACUUUCAGGCAUUCCUCCUGACCAACAGAGGUUGAUUUUUGCUGGGAAACAGCUUGAGGAUGGGCGCACUCUCUCAGACUACAAUAUCCAAAAGGAGUCUACUCUUCACUUAGUACUGAGACUUAGAGGUGGUGGCAAGAAGCGCAAGAAGAAGAAUUACACAACCCCUAAGAAAAAUAAGCAUAAGAAGAAGAAGGUCAAGCUUGCCGUCCUCAAAUACUACAAGGUUUGUAGUUAGGCUGGCAAAUGGAAUUUUUUAAAUUUUGGUAUAGAAAAUUGAUGAUUGUCAUGAUGACAGCUUAGGACACCCUCGAAUUAUUUGUGUGAUUAAUACUAUUCUGAACAGUCAUCAAUUUACUUUAAAAUAUUUAUGACAUGUUGGUAAAUUAAUGCAUUUUGCUCGUGUCACUUGGUGUAAUGAACCAAUUGUAAUUAAUAUCAGGGUUUAAGGGAAAUAUUUACUUUGUCGUUUGGAAAGAAAUGUAUUAAGUUUACCUACAGACCUUGAGAAGAUUGUCAGUCUAAGCUUUCUGUAGGUAACAGAUAGAAAAUAAACUUUUAAAAUAUGCUUGAAUUGAAAAUACUCUGUAUAUAGUUAUGGACCAUUUUGUAGUACAUUUUAAAUGUCUCAGAUCAUUUUUAAUUUCAGAUUCAUGCCAAAAUUUUAUAUAUAGUUUCCAAUGAACAGGUUAAGAUUACCUAGAAAGGGCAUAUAUUUGUUUUUGGCAGAGAGAUAACGUUUUCAGUUUUAUUUGUCUUCAUACUGGGUGCUCCUUUACUUACUUUAUUUUAGUACUUUUAAAAUUUAUUUUUGCAUUUAUCUAAAUGCUUGCACAAGACAGCUGUAAAAGCUAUAGUGGAAUGAGAUAUUGGGUUUGUAGCUAGUGGCUCCAUUCAUUAUUUAAUUUAGUAUAGGUAAUUUAAAGUUUGUUUUAAAUGGAAAAGUGGUUAAUAAAUGGUUGAUUGCUAUGAUGACCACUUAGGACACCGUUGAAUUUAAAAUGAAUUUACUAAAUGCUCUGAGCAAUCUUUGUAAUGACUUUUCUCCUUUGAUUAUUUGUUUCUAUUUUUAUUCUCAUUACCUUAUAACUGUCUUUUCAGGUUGACGAGAAUGGCAAAAUAACCCGUCUCCGUCGUGAGUGCCCAAACAAGUAUUGUGGUGCUGGUGUUUUCAUGGCCUCUCAUUUUGAUAGACAGUACUGUGGUAAAUGCUGCCUGACCUAUGUCUUCAACAAACCAGAGGAGGAAGCUGAGUCUUAAAAUGUGAUUCAGUUUUUAAAAUUAAAAUAAAAUAUAAAAAAUGA